AAGUAUUAUCUUAAGCAAAAAGGGGUAGUGGAAUCAGUGAUUGGCAGAGAAAGUUAAAUACCACUGUAGUUUUGUUUAAUACAAACAAUGCGUUGCCAGCAUGUGCUGACCCUGGUCACUGGGUUUAUAGAAUGCAUCUGCUUUGCGGGGGUCACCUUCGGAUGGGCAUCCUUAGUGUUUGUGCUAAAGAACGAAAAGUAUUUUCAAGAUCUGUGUCAGGACAUAAGGAAUCAAACUGAUAAUUCAACUGCCGACUGCUCUGCUCAGGAUGAACAAUUCUCUAUCAUAUUCACUGUGGCUGCUUUCGCAAACACUUUCAUGGCCCUUCCAUGUGGUUAUAUAUUUGAUCGCCUUGGAACUGCAUUGACGCGAUUUAUUGCCAUAUUGCUUUACACAACAGCCACCCUUCUUAUUGCGCUGUCUAAACCAGAUACUGCCGUGCUUCUAUUUCCUGCUCUGUCCUUUCUGGCAACCGGUGGAAUACUCUUUCUUAUGACUAAUAUGCAGGUGGGAAACUUGUUUGGUUCUCAGCGUUCCACAAUCAUAACAUUCUACAAUGGGGCUUUUGACUCUUCUUCGGUUAUCUUUCUGGUUGUUAAGGUUCUGUAUCAAAAUGGAAUUUCACUGCAGACUGUGUUCCUGUUCAUUUCAAGCUGUAGUAUAUGCCACAUUUUAAGGACAAUAUUUCUGAUGCCAAGGACGCAUAUCCCAUUCCCCGUGCCGGAAGGGUUCAGCUAUGGUUUAAAAUGUGAAAAACAUGAUCCAAAAAGAGCAAAUCUAAAACAUUCUUUGGCACCAUCAAAUGAUGAAGAGAAAGACAAAAAGGAUGAUGUUACAGACCAUUCAUUGAACAGCAUCAUAAAACAUGUUUCCCCGCUGAUGUCGGCUUCCUCCGGAUCUCACCUACCGGCUUCAGACAGAUGGACCGAGGACCCCAACCUCCAAGAAGCGACUUCAAAAGUCACCACACAUUUGGACAAGAAGCAUACGGAAGUCUCUUUCAGGAGCUGUGUCUUCUCAUCACUCUUUAUCUGGCACUUGGUCUGGCUGUCUCUCAUGCAGCUUAGGCACUAUCUAUUUAUUGGAACCCUGAACCCCACCAUCACACACCUGAGCGGAGGAGACCUUGAUAAAGUAAGUACAUACACAAAUGUAUUUGCUGUGUCACAGUUCUUUGGUGUUGUGUGCGCUCCUUGGAAUGGCUUACUCAUGGACAGACACAAAAAGAAACAGAAAGAUUCAGACAAGCUUGAUGACCUCCGAUCCUCAAUUCUAUCUUUGUCAAUGACGGCUGUGCAGUGCAUGCUUUUCUCUAUGUGUGCCUCGAUUCCCAUGCUCCCCGCACUGUACCCAACAUUUAUCCUCCAAGUGAUAAAUCGUUCAUUCCUCUAUGGAGGAAAUGCUGCAUUUCUGUCUGUUGUAUUUCCACCACAAUACUUUGGAAAACUGUUUGGAUUGGCGUCUGCUUUCUCUGCAGUGAUAUCUCUUCUUCAAUAUCCAGCAUUUUAUAUCAUACGAAUAUAUCUGGACGGUGACCCAUUCUAUGUCAACAUUUUCCUGUUGAUCCUGAUGUUACUGGCAUUUGUCCACCCAAUCAAUGUUUUCCGGAUUUGCAGACAGGAGAAGAAUGCAAGGAAGGCCCCAGAGGGGCAAUGUGAACUGUAACCAGGUCCGUCUUAACAGCGUUGUUGGCCCUGGGCAAAGCAUUGCACUGGGGCCCCUAACCACCCAUUCAAAAUCAACAAUUAAAGAAAAAAAAUCAUAACAAGCACCUCCUGGGGUCCUGUGCCAUCUCCCCACAUGCCUCUGUUCGUGGAUAGCUCCAGCCACCCACCAAUCAGCAUGCUGAUAACCAUCCACUGGCUGGCUGUCGGCAAGGAGGCAGGUAGAGAAUGCUGCCUCGCUGCUCUGAUCAUGUGACCACUACCUGCCUCUGCUCAAAGGCCCCUAGAAUUGUGGGGCCCUGGAAAACUGCUCGGUGUGCCUAUACGUUAAGAUGCCCUGACUGUAACCAAUCAGAACUCUCAGAAACUCUUAAUGUUAUUACAGAUCAUUACUCGGUACUAAAUGGAAAAUUGUAACACGAUUCAAUAUAAAGCACUGUAUUAUGAAAUAACAAAUGUACUGAGGGCCAAUGUAAUGUUUUUGAAUAUAAAAUGAGUGCAUUCCUUGAGAAGGAUCAGAUUUAGGAAAAAUCCAGUGCUUGUGUUUACUCAGUUCGCACAAGCAUAAAGUGGGUACAUCUGCAGCUGCAACUAUAUGACAUAUUUGAAUUUAAAUAUAAAAUAGGAAGCCUUUCUUCAAAAAUGGUAUGAUGAUAUCACUUUACAAGUAUAUAUAAGGGAUGUGCCCCGUCCUAAAUUUCGGGUUUUGGGUUCUUGUUUUGAAUCUCCUUCGUGUUUUUGGAUCUGUAUUUGUUUUGCAAAAACCUCCCUUGCGAGUUUUGGAUCUGUAUUUGGUUUGGAUCUGUAUUUAAAAAAAAAAAAAUCAUAAAAACAGCAAAAAUCACAGAAUUUGUCCAUGUUUUUGUUCCUACGGUAUUAUUAACCUCAAUAACAUUAAUUUACAGUCAAUUUUGACCACAUCACAACAUUGUUUUCAUUGAGUGUUGGAUUGUGCAGGUUUUGAAUUCCAUAUAAGGGACGCGCACCCGGGUCUCAGUGCAAUUGCACUCCCUUUGCCAUGACGUCUGCAAUAAAGUGGAAAUAUGUUGAAUUAAUACAAAAAUUAGUUGUUUAUAUUGGUAAAAAAACAUUUACAUGGUACUACAUACCUUGCGUAAAGCUUGAUGAAGCGGAACCUUCUCCAUGUCGAACAUUAAUUUCAGGAACUAAUCCUAUAUUGAGGCUGAAAAUAAUCUGUACAGAUAAUUACAGCAUCUAAAAAUAUAUAUUGUGCAAUAUAUAUUUUUAAUUGUUUGUACUGUGGCCAAAAUUACCUGGAAAUGAAUGUUAUUGAGGUUAAUAAUACUCUGUGAACAAAAAAAAGGCCAAAUCAUGUGAUUGUAGCUGUUUUUGUACAUUUUGAAAGAAAAAUAUGAAACCAAAAUCAGCAAAAAUGGUCUGACACAGAUUUUCAUUAAUAACUAGAUCAGGGGUCCAAGGGAGGUAGACUAGAGUAUGUAUGUAUGUAGUGGAAGGAAGGAUUGAUUAGUAAUUUCAUUUAAUUUGUUUGAUUUAAAAAAUGUAACUUAAUCAUUGGGGGCAUUGUAUAUGGUCUUUAAUGCAUAGACAACAAUUUUUAUUGGUUAUAUUAUUGCACUCUGACUUUUACUAAUCCGACUUUUACUUUUUAUUUUUAUUUGACAUGCCCUGAAUUAAGCCAUCUGUGUCUCUCCUCUCAAUUGUUUGUCCUCCAUAUAUAACAACAAAUAUGAACCAAGUGGGGUACAGCACACACAACAAUUUGUACAAAAAAUGUACCACCUACAUUGUCACAAUACGUGUAUGAGUCAGAGAUAAUAAUCUUAUGCUACAGUUUAAUUUCACCAACAGUGUCGCACAAUACCUGUAUGAGUAGGAAAUGAAAUAUAUUACUGUGGUACCACCUUCACCCACAGCAUCACACAAUACCUGUAUGAAUCAGAGAUAAUCUAAUGCUACGAUUUAAUUUUACUAACAGUGUCACACAAUACGUGUAUGAGCAGUAAAUAAAAUAUAUUACUGUGGUACUAUACCACCUUCA